CAUAAACCAUAUGCAUCUGUAAUUAAGGCGUCCUUUCGAGCCAAGUCUUCGAAACAACGCCAACACAAAACAACUUUCUCCCAAGGCCUAAGACAGACGGAAGUCAAGUGAUGUCGGAAUUCCACACAUGCGCAGUGUUAACGGUACCUGUGGCGUCAUGACAACGCUUUCCUCCUUCCUGUGUGUCAGCCAUUUUGACAGAUUGCACUGGAGUAUAUUGCAAGUUUUGCGUAUCGUUUACGACUUGGAGAGUUUUUGCUGUUUGAAGAGGUGUAUAAAAUCAUGAAUCCCAGUACAGGAGUGCAUGUGCCUCGUUUGCCGCUCGGGCUGCCGACAGUGGUGAUGGGAGAUGGGACCAGAUGUCUGGUAGACAACAACACUAUCUGGAUACCAGCUGGUAAUCCUGUUAACCUCUCCCUGGGUCCUGGUUACCUACAGCCAAGACUCCUGCAGCCUGGAGUUCAGCCAUCUGUGACUGGUAUCCCCCUGCCCUCUGCAGUCCAGGCACCACCUUACAGUAGACAUAGGGAGAUGAUGCCUGUCUGCCAGCUGCCUGUCAGCCUGCCCACUUCAGAGAUGGACCUGGAGCUGAUGAGACCAGAGGCCUUCUCCUGUGUUCUGCCCCAACUUGACCAACCCAGUCCAGUUCCUGAUUCCCAGUCUGCCCAUGUUGAAACUCCAGCCAUACCUUCAACAAGCAGCCCCAAACCCAAUUCCGUAAUCCCUAUCCAACUAAAGCAAAAACCUGAGCUCAAGCCCUGCAAACGCAAGCCCCGCACUUUCAGGCCAAAACCUCAGCCAAAGCCUCACAUUCCCAAGGAGAAAGUGGGCAAGCAUCAGCCUGAGAGCAAGCCCUUCUUUGUGCCUCAGCCUCUUGGAGCCCAGCACAUAAAAACCCAGAGCAAACCCCUUGGGAACCGUAUCACUAAGCCCUCUGGUAGUCAUGGUAUCAUUAAGACCUCAUCUAAGCUUAGUUUUGGAGAACAGUUGUUGUCUGCUAAUCGUGCUUACAUAAAGCCAAAGUCAGUCUUGCCCAGUACAGGUUGCAAGACCUUCCCUGUCCCUGUUAAGAAUGUAAAGGAUAAGAUUGUUUCAGCAUCGGAGAGUCCUAAGUCAGGUGGUGUCACUGCUGCAACAGUAAGUGUAAAUCCUGACAAGGCAGUGGACAGAGCUGAGCCUAACUCUGAUGAUGAAUAUGAUGUGGAAUAUCUGUAUCUUACUAAACUGAUUUUAAGGAAAAAGAAGAAACCCACUGCUGAGCCCAGUAAGGAGUCCCUGCCCUCAUGCAAGAGGAAGUGCCCAGAUGACAACAGCGAGGUGUCCCAAGCUGAGAAGCAGGCAAGGCUGGAGGAGCCCCAGGACACUCUGGAGGACCUGGAAGCUCUCCUGGCUGAGUACAGCUCCAGUCUCUUAUCUGGCACCAGGGACUUCUUCUAAACACUGUAAGGUGCAGGGGACAGGUAGGUAUAGAAUAGUGUGUCGUAUUUAGGUUAAUGUUCGUACAUGGUGUUCAUUCUCUUAUUCUUCCUUGUCUGCAUUUCAACUUCAAGACAGUCAACUCAUAUUCUGACCAUCUGCUACUGACUGUUUUAUCUAAACCCCUUAUGGGUUUUCUGCCCAAUCUACAAUCUACCAAAACUCCUAUUUCCAUGCCUAUGGUACUCUACCACCACCACCACCC